UAGCCUGUUUCUGAUAGCUUAGUCGAGAUUCCUGCUUUUUGAGAAUCUUGAGAGGGAUGUUCUGCCUAAACAACCGUGUGUCUUGAGCUUCUUUUUGAUUAACACCCAACCUAUUGUCGAUUGGCAAGUUUGCUGACACUCCGUAAGUAGCCUCGAAAGGAGAGAAAUUCGAAGAUUUGUUUUGAGUGUUAUUAAACAACAAUAUAGCUUCUGGCAGGAGCUCAUCCCAUUGAGUAAUAGGGAUGCCUCUAGAUAGACACAUAGAUCGCAAAAUUGUUUUGAGGGACCCAAUAGCUCUUGCUGCACUGCCAUUACCAGCUGGAUGAUAUGCAGAAGAUUGGAGCAUUUUGAUUGCAAAUUCUUCACAUAGUUGUCUAACUUUGGUGCCAUCGACAUUACUUCCCUGAUCUGAUUGAAGUAAUUUAGGUAGCCCAUAGUAGCUAAACCAUCUGCACCAUAAUGCGUCCACGACUGUCUCAGCCCGUGCAUUGGGUAAAGCUAUUGCUGUCAUCAGCUUGGUAAAUAUAUCUGUCACCAAAAGAAAGCUUCCGUUGCCUCUCCUGGACACAGGCAUGGAUGCUAGAUCCAUAGAAAUCAUCGAAGAUCUUCUCAACCUCUCUAUGAUCCUGCACUGGUGCUUUAGGCUUAAUAGGUCCAUGUUUGCACUGUGUGCAUGUUCUACAGUUGGAAACAAAGGACUCCGCAGUCCACUUGUUUUCUCAUACCCCUCCAAUAGAAUCUUACAGAUAGUAUCUGGCAGGUAUUAUCGAUUCCUGGGUGGCCUUGUCCGUGGUACUCUUGGAUGAUCUUUGUUCAAAGGAUUAUCACAGGAACAUGUAGAUAACAAUAUAUCCUGAGAGAUAACAAAGUUAAUGUAACAGUAUAUAAGCCAAAGGUCCUAUAAUAUAAACUAAAGGUGUAAUAUAUAGAACUAGAAAUAUAUAGCCUGACACAAUAAUGAACCCUAAUUAAAAAAAAAUGAACAUGAAUAUUCUUUGAUUUAAAAUAUUUCUCGAAUGAGUACUAAUAAUAAGUCAUAAGAAAAAGAAUAACCUCAGUCGGGCAAUCAGUGACUGAGCUAUAAAGACCAACGUAUGUAACAUUACUUUUGGCCCACCCUGUAUAUAUCGUCUCGUUUCAUAUAUAAUAACAUUGCACGCAUAUCAUAAUGAAAAAAUCAGUAAAUGAUUUUUCUUCCGUAUCUCUUUUUCCAGAUGACAAUUCCAAGCAACAAACGUGUCAAAAUCCUGAAAAGGAGGGGAAAGUAUCAAACGAAGAUUGCACCGUUUCUAAGAUAGGCGGAUUUUUGAAACGAGUUUGCUACAAGGAAAAAGAAAAUUGGUACUACCACAAGUGUGCAAACUCUGACAUUAAUUACGAGCAAGGUGGCACACUUAACAUGAUCACUGGUAGCUACACAAUUUCGAGUGUCUCCACCCUCUGUGAAGAUGACCCGUAUGCUUAUCAGGCGUGCGGAUUUAACUCAAAAACAACAACUGGAAGCCACGCUUUCCUCUGUGGAGGCUAUUUCAGCUACGAUUCCGAACAAGGAGUGGCACACUUUCAAAAGUGUGACCUAGAUUGUGAGAACAGUGGUAUACGAGAUUUGACUUCGCAACCCACUGCGGUAACAUUAACAGUGUUUUCUUUGUCUGCCCGUUUUAGUGAAUUAUCAGUUUGCGAUGAUAAAUGCGACUCCGAAAAGUGUGUUGAUGAAAGCAUUUGUAACGGGUACACGUAUGGUCUUUACUGCCCUGGGCGGUAUGUACCUCCAAACUGGAUCUGCGAUGGUCAGAAAGACUGUGAAAAUGGAGAAGACGAAUCUAAUUGUGAUAUUAUAGAUAAAACCAAACAAACUUGCAUCAAGUUCAAAACAGACCAGAUCGCACCCUUGCCCACUCACAUCAGGUGCAGUGUGUUUAAAUUUGAUCAGUAUAUGGACACAUUCCCCUACUGUUCAAAUUUCCAAGAUCAAACAAAUUGUUCUGAUGUGGGCAGAAUCGGUGGUUACUGUUAUGUAAACGGGUUUUGGUCGAGUGUGUCCAAGUAUGUUGUCUGUGAUAGUGCGUUGAUGCAAGGUCAAAUAGUGUCCUUGUGUGAUGAUUAUCUGGAUGGGGAGUGUUUGUCUGCUCCGGGUAAAUCUACAAACUGUAUCAUUCACAAACACAAACUUUGUGAUGGGGUAAUUGACUGUGGUGACAGUAGUGAUGAAAUUGCCGACACAUGCAAAAUAACAACAGGUGAAUAUUUUCAAUGUUAUCGCAGUUUCAAUCCUGCAAAAUUAAUGGAGAUACCUUUCUCCUGGAUACUGGACAACCAGGUCGAUUGCACUAACGGUCAGGAUGAACAGACCUUCGGCCUAAUAAAAGAGUGCGGGGUAAAUGAAACCUUUAGAAUGGUAUACGGCAAAAGAACUUGUCCAGACGUAUUUCUGUGUCCUGGAGAUGUAAACGGAAACAACUUAGUUGAGUUUGAUCUUCUUUGUGAUGGUGUUCCUUCCUGUGAAGUUGAAGAGCAGGUUUGUGCUUUGUCUCGAGAUUUCCCGAGAAUCACAAAGACGGCAGAGGUGGGAAACUGCUCCGUACGAGAUUUGUGUACAAUUGUGGAACGACCUAAAAAUACAGGAUGUCAAAUUAAGAAUUUUGGAGGGCCGUCAGAGGAUGUUUUUGGUGUAGAGAUAAUGUUAAAUGUCCCCGUUGCCAAAGUGAAUUGCAGUCGUCUGUUUGGUGAGUAUUAUGUUUUCCUGAGUUGCAUGGGAUUGUGUUUAAACUCGACGUGUCCUCUGGACGCAAGACCUCUUGAACAUAAUAUAUGUCCUUAUUCAUUUUCUGAUCGGGUGUAUACCCUCGCUAAAAACUCUUACCUUACUUUUGUAACCAUGACUGAGGAGGGUAAAUAUGAAAAUACUCACUUUCAAUGUAAAAACAAGAGAUGUGUCACCUACAACCAAGUAUGUGAUCUUGUUGAUGAUUGUGGGGACAUGUCAGACGAACAGGCCUGUACUAACCACAUGGUUUGCAAGAACACCCAGGACAAAAUAAACGUUAAAGAACAUCUCAUAGCCCCAUCGCAGAAGUGUGACGGAAUAUUUGAUUGCUUCGAUCUAUCGGACGAGUGCAAUGAGUCCUGCGGAAAGGAAAUCCUUGAAAGCUGGUACUUGAAAUUGACAUGCUGGAUACUGGGAAUUUCAGCUGCUGUACUGAACAUAAUAACGACCAUUAAGACAGCAAGUUCCAUUAAAGACAGCGGGACUGGAAAUAUGGUUUCCACCCGAAUACUCGUUUGUCUCAUAGGAUUCGGAGAUUUUCUAAUUGGGGUAUAUCUAAUAGUACUGUCCGUGUUCGACAGUUUUAUUCAUGGUAAAGAUUACUGCAGGAGACAACCUGAAUGGUUAUCAGGGUACACUUGCGCUUUGUUGGGAGUGAUAAGCACCAUAGGAUCACAGCUGUCUCUAUUUGCUAUGACGUCCUUGAGUCUUAUCAGAGUGUCAGGCAUUGUGAAUAGUUCCCUUUCUGCUCCCAAACGAGUGAACAAACGAUUGAUGUUAAAAAUAGGUUUGAUAGUUCUAGCAGUGGUUACUUCUGCUCUUGCAGUAGCUCUUACACCACUGGUUCCUGCAUUUGAGGAUUAUUUUGUCCAAGGCAUGUUCUAUGAUCCUGAAUACAAAAUAUUCAUCGGUUUUCCUAACAAAGUCAAGCAUCUUGAGAUCCUUGGAGCCUACUGCAAAAAUGAAAGCUUUUCCCCAGACAUGUCGUGGUCAGAAAUUGGUAGUAAGGUUGAUAACAUGUUCAGUAAAGAUUAUGGCAGUAUGAGUAGGAGUGCUGUACACUUCUAUGGGAAUGAUGGCGUGUGUCUGUUUAAAUAUUUUGUCCGAAGUGACGACCCUAGAAGAUCAAGGGGAGCUGAUGAUACAAGUGUCAUCGACGACAAAGAAAAUGUUAUGGUAUGGCUUAUGUUAGGCACCACAACUUCAAAAUCAUACUCUGUAGCGGUUCCAUCCUGGUCUAAAUCUACAGUUAGCAGGUUGUUCUGCUCCCCGUCCUCUCCUAUAGGGAGGUUUAUGAGAAACGAUUGUCUGGAAGUGGAUCUAUUGGAGAAUGUGGGAGAUCCGUGUGAGUUUAUGGUGACCGGUCCAGGACUUGUUCUAGUUCUUGUACUGAGAGGUGAGGAAUGA